GCGAAACGGUCCUCUCGAACUCCGAGCUCGCCCUAAUCUCCAGACUGAUCGUCAACCCUCGAGCUGUUCGAUCGGAAACCAGCGAUCUCGUUGGUUCGCCGCGAAGUUUUCGUUCGGGAAGCCGUCUUCUUUCAGAUCCUUUCUCGCAUUUUCGUGAAAAAAUCUUUCUUUUUUUUUUGCUUGAAUUUGUCUCGGGUUGUCGAGAAAUUGCGGGCCGAAAUGUCUCUUCCGUGGACUCCUUGGAGACGUGAACCACCUGCUCCUCGGGGAAUUGCUUGGUUCUAGUCGUCUUGGUUCCCGGUCCGCAGGAGGGAAGAGGCGGAAGGCCAUCGGCCAUCGGCCAUGGCGUUUGGCUGGAUGGCGCAGCAGCUCGUGCCCCUGGGAAAAGCGUUGGCGACUUCCGAUCACGCCUCGGUGGUCUCCAUUAACCUCUUCGUGGCGCUUAUCUGCGGGUGCAUCGUGAUCGGGCACCUUCUCGAGGAGAGGCGCUGGAUGAAUGAGUCCAUUACCGCCCUCGUCAUCGGGGUGUGCACCGGAGUCCUCAUACUGCUGACGACGAAAGGGAAGAGCUCGCACAUCUUCAUCUUCAGCGAAGACCUCUUCUUCAUCUACCUUCUUCCGCCCAUUAUAUUCAAUGCCGGGUUUCAAGUAAAAAAGAAACAAUUUUUUCGCAACUUCAUGACAAUCAUGCUGUUUGGUGCAGUUGGGACAUUAAUAUCCUUUUUCAUAAUUUUCUUUGGGGCAAUUGCAUUACUCAGAAACAUGGAUAUUGGUUCAUUAGACAUUGGAGAUUUUCUUGCAAUAGGGGCGAUAUUUUCUGCAACCGAUUCUGUCUGUACCUUGCAGGUUCUUAAUCAAGAUGAAACACCCUUCUUGUAUAGCUUAGUAUUCGGUGAAGGUGUUGUCAAUGAUGCCACAUCGGUUGUACUCUUCAACGCAAUUCAGAAUUUUGAUCAUGCUCAUGUUGAUGCCAUUAUCAUAUUGAAGAUUGUGGCAGACUUCGGUUAUUUAUUUCUCAGUAGCACCCUCCUUGGAGCAUUUGGUGGAUUGCUAAGUGCAUACAUUAUCAAAAAGUUGUACAUUGGAAGGCAUUCCACCAAUCGUGAAGUUGCACUUAUGAUACUCAUGGCAUACCUUUCCUAUAUGCUGACUGCAUUGUUAAAUUUAAGUGGUAUUCUCGCAGUAUUCUUCUGUGGUAUAGUCAUGUCACACUAUACCUGGCAUAAUGUGACAGAAUGCUCAAGAGUUACUACCAAGCAUGCUUUUGCAACAUUGUCAUUUAUUGCAGAGACUUUUCUUUUUCUUUACGUUGGAAUGGAUGUGUUGGACAUUGAAAAAUGGAAGUUUGUUAGCAACAGCCCUGGAAAAUCACUUAGUGUUAGCUCCAUUCUGUUAGGCUUGGUUUUGGUUGGUAGGGCUGCUUUUGUUUUUCCACUCUCAUUCCUGUCUAACUUAACAAAGAAUUCUCCACAUGAAAGAAUUAUCUUCAAGCAACAAGUUACAAUAUGGUGGGCAGGUCUCAUGAGAGGUGCAGUGUCAAUAGCACUUGCUUACAAUCAGUUUACAAGAUCUGGCCACACUGAACUACGAGGAAAUGCAAUUAUGAUCACCAGCACUAUCACAAUUGUCCUCUUCAGCACUGUGGUAUUUGGAUUGGUGACAAAACCACUUGUGAGCUUCUUAUUGCCUCAUAGUGCAAAGCAUCUCAGCAGCAUGUCCUCUGAACCAUCAAGUCCCCAGUCCCUCCUGUCAUCGCUUCUUGAACAUGGACGGGGAUCAGAAGUCGACGGUGGAGGAGAAAUUCUAACUCGACCAUCCAGCCUCCGAAUGCUCCUGAGCAAACCAACUCAUACGGUUCACUACUACUGGCGCAAGCUUGAUGAUGCAUUCAUGCGUCCAGUGUUCGGUGGGAGAGGUUUUGUUCCAUUUUCUCCUGGUUCACCCACCGAGCAGAGCCUCCAAGGCCGUAUUUAAGCAAAAAAGGACAUGACAACAAGUGAAAAGAAAGUAAAUAGGAGGGGGAAAAACCAAAAAUAAGUAGGUUCAUGACAUUUAUGAAUUAAAUUGCUUUCAGUGGUACAGUUAUCAAAGCAGCACCAGAUCUGUGUAAUUAUCAGGCCUUUCUGUAUAUUUACCAGCUUUUUCAACCAAGCGUGAUGGCUAAUUGUGUGAAUCAACGGUUCCUCUUGUACUAGGAUGAAUUACCAUCACGGCACGAUCAUCGGUAGGUAAAACUAACGUUUCUGCAUAUUUACAUGGCAGAUUGCAGUGCGGUGUGAGGGUUAUGUAAUUCUUUGUUCUCUUCUCAUCUGUAAUUGUUGUGCGGUGUCAUAUAGGUUCUUUAGUUUACGGUGCUGUAUUUAUAUUUCUGUAAUCUGGGUGGCGUUUUAUCUUUUUUUUUUUUUAACUCUGGAAUCGAGGUUCAUCUGUUCCAUAUGUAGUCUUUCUAUAAUUGACAUUAGAUGUGGACAUGAAAAUUAUGCAAAAAAUAUGUCUAUGUUAUUUUGUUGUGUUCA